GAUUCGUUUCGGGCUUCAGCUUGCUAAAGCAUUGCGUGAAGCUGAAUAACUUUGGUUUUAGGCUUCAGAGGUGCAGUGGGUCCUGGCAUUUAAGUUGCACAAGGCUUUUCGACCUAACAACUUGACGGAUACAGUUCUGCUACUGUUACAGCCUGUUAUCGACAUUCUGGCAGUGUGAUUUUGGGCCGAUCAGAAGAUCUGAUGCUUUCCCAUCUCUGACAGUGAUCCUCGAAGCUGUGACCAAACCAUGCGGCAUGGAAGCCAGGAAGCCUGGAGACGGGGCAUGGGCCAAUAUUGACUCUAUCUCCUGUCGAUUAAAGUAACGAGGAAGACUGAAAUCAUUGAGUUGGGUGCAGAAGAGCCUCACCACCAUCUAUGCUUUCCUGCCUGUCCUUUCGAUUCAAAGUAUUGCCCAGUGAGUGAGUGGGCCAGUGAAGGAGUGGAGAUUUGAGGCUUUGACGAGAAGAGGCUGAGGACGAGCUUCACUCCAAGUGAGGCUUGAAUGCUAAAAAUGGGAAACAACGAUGAAGAUAUAGCUAUUGUUGGAAUAGGAUGUAAUUUUCCUGGAGGAGAAGGCAUUGAUAAUUUCUGGAAAGUCCUUCUUGAGGGAAGAAAUUGUGUGGAUGAUAUUCCAGCAAAUCGUUUUGAUACAAAGUUCUGGCAUGACACUGACGACAACAAAACAGGAAAAAUGAUCACAAAACGAGCAAGUUUAAUUGAAGGGUUUAAUGAAUUUGAUCACAAGCUCUUUAACAUAAGUCAAACUGAGGCCAAUAGUAUGGACCCACAGCAGAAACUUCUGUUGGAGUGCACGUACAAAGUGUUUGAGAAUGCAGGGAUGCCUAUGGAAAACAUCAGUGGGAGUAAAACAGGUGUUUUUAUUGGUCUCAUGAAUCGUGAUUUUGAGGGGAUUUCAAACAGUGCCGCUAACAAAAUCACCCAUUAUAACGGGACAGGGUCAGCAAUGAGUAUUGCGGCAAAUAGGAUUUCUUUUGUUUUCAACCUUACUGGACCAUCACUGGCUAUUGAUACAGCGUGCUCCUCAUCGCUUGUUGCUUUACAUUAUGCUGCUCAGGCCAUUAAGCAAGGUGAUUGUGAGAUGGCAGUUUGUGGGGGUGUGAGCUGUAUUAUUGAGCCGAGAAUCAAUGUAGCACUCAGCAAAGCAAAAAUGAUAUCUCCAGAUGGAAUGAGCAAACCAUUUUCCAACGAAGCCAAUGGGUACGGAAGAGGCGAAGGUUGUGGCAUUUUGCUGUUAAAGCCGCUCGCAAAGGCUCAGAAGGACCACGACUAUAUUUGGGGUGUAAUAGUCCGUAGUGCAAUCAACCAGGAUGGCAGAGCAGUCACACCUAUCACCAGACCCUCCCAAAAGCAGCAAGAAGAGUUACUGAGGGGUAUUUACCCCAGAAGUGUUGACCCUUCACAGAUUCAGUACGUGGAGGCUCAUGGAACCGGAACACCAGCUGGUGAUCCGACUGAAGCAGCCAGCAUAUCAAGUGUUAUUGCACAAUCCAGACACUCAGAUUUCCCUCCACUUACAAUGGGGUCAGUCAAAGGAAACAUUGGUCACACAGAAUCAGCCGCAGGAGCUGCAGGUUUAAUUAAAGUUCUCCUCAUGAUGCAUCAUGGAAAGAUUGUACCAUCACUCCACUACUCCAAGGAGAACUCGAGCAUCAAUACAAAAGAUCUGAACCUACAUAUUCCAACUAGUGUGGUGAACUGGGAAGGAAACGGGGAGAAAGGGAAGAUGGCAGGGAUCAACUCAUUUGGAUUUGGAGGGACAAAUGCUCAUGUAGUUGUAAGGCAUUUCAAGCAAGAUUCUGGUCGAAACUCUGUACAAAAACCAUUUGAAAUAUUGGUGCUUUCCGCUGUCUCCCAGAAUUCAGUGAGAAUGAUGAUAAAGGAUACAAGUAACCAAAUAAUGGAAAGUGACGAUGUAAUUCUUCACAACUUGGCGUACACAUCUGCAUGUAGAAGAAGCCAUAAGAAUUACAGAUACAGGAAAGCAUUUAUUGCUUCUUCCCUUGGGCAUCUCCAACAGCACCUUAGGUCAGCUGUAGAUAGUGAAGUGGCUCAGAGCAAAGCUGAUGUUAAAUUGAUAUUUGUGUUUUGUGGCAACGGUGUUUUAUAUCAAGGUAUGUGCAAACAGCUUCUACAAAUAGAACCGAGGUUCAGGGCACAGAUCAAUGAGAUAGACAGGAUGCUCCAACAAUACACAGACAUUAACUUAAUGGAGUUAAUAGAGAAUGACUGUGAUGACUUGACAAAACCAGACGUAGCACAGCCAAUACUCUUUGGCAUCCAAGUAGCAAUAGUGACUCUUCUGAAGUUCUGGGGAAUUGAGCCUGACAUUGUCAUUGGACACUCAGUUGGAGAAGUAGCUGCAGUAUAUUGUGCUGGAAUACUUUCAUUACAAGAUGCUGUAAAGGUGCUUUACCACAGAAGUGCUUUACAAUCAAUGGUAACAGGAGGGAAAAUGUUGGUGGUUAGUAAUUUGCCUGUGAAAAAAGUGUCAGAUAAGCUUGAUUCCUAUUCAGGGAGACUCUGCAUUGCUGCAUUCAAUAGUCCCUCGUCAUGCACAGUGUCAGGAGAUGCCGAUGCAAUAGACAGAUUGCAUGCAGAUUUACACAGUUCAUUUGGUGACAAAAAUGUAUUCCUUCGCUUUCUGGAUGUCCCUGCAGCAUAUCACAGUCAUUUGAUGGAACCAAUUUUAAACCAAGUGGAAGAGAGUAUCACUAACUUAGAGAAACACGAAACAAAGAUUAAAGUAAUUUCCACUGUUACUGGGAAGUUGGUUGCAGGAGAUGACUGUGUGACAGGGAAGUAUUGGUCCAGAAACAUAGAAGUACCUGUUCUUUUUGAACAAGCCAUUAGAGCUGCUGUUGAGGAGGUAAAAGAUGCUGUGUUUAUUGAAAUAGGACCUCGAAGGGCCUUACAGAGAUACAUCAAAGACAUUGUGGGAAAUGGGGCUCAGGUUUUCCCUGCAGUGCAGCCACAAAGAGAUUAUGAAACCCUGCUUUCAGUUUUGUCAGGGCUUUUCCAAAUGGGAUACAAUCCUAAUUGGCAAAAUAUCUUUGAGAAAUGUGAGAUUGUUCCAACAUUGUAUCCAUGUUAUAAGUUUGAUCGCACUAAGCCUAACAUUAAUUUUGAAGAUUUUAGGUAUGGUGACAAAGAAGUGUCAUCUAUAACACAUCCUCUUCUCAGUAGUUCAAGCAGAGAUAGAAAGGAGUAUGAGUACAACCUCACAUUAACAAAAGCACCAUACCUGUUGGAGCACAAGAACAAUGGAGUGCCAAUAUUACCUGGCUCCAUGCACGUUGAGCUUGCAUUAGCAUCUACAUUGGCAAGUAUUAAACCAAAGAUACCCCUCAGGUUGUGCCAAUUGAGUAUUUCUUUCUUGAAUCCCUGUAUUGUGCAGCCAAACUCAACAGAGCUCAAGGUCCAUCUUAACAGGAAAGACAAAGUGACUGAAUUUACUGUUAUGGCAUCAACUGUCUCUUACGCAAAAGGAGAAGUUCACCAAAGCAUGGAAUGCAUGGUUGAAGAAAAUAUUCUUUCAAUUGACCAUAUUUUGCAAAGAGCUAAUGUAAGGAUAAAGGCAGAAAAUAUCUAUGUAACUAUCUCCGCUUUAGGCUUUCAGUAUAGUUCAGUCUUCAGAAACCUUGGAGAUGUGUUCUGCUCAGAUGAACUACAGGAAGCUAUAACAUAUGUUACAGUACCUGAUGAACUCAUCCCACAGAUGCAUGAAUAUUGCAUUCAUCCAGUUAUCUCAGAUUACUACAUGCAAAUGGUUGCUAUUCUGGCAAUGAAAACGUCAGGCUUGAGAGUGGGGUUCCCAACUUCCAUUGGGAGUUUGGUGGUAUGUCAACCAAUGCAACAGGAAAUGAUAAUAUACAUGAGAACCUAUAAAAACACUGCAGAAUUUUAUGAAGUUUCUGGGGCAUUUACAGAUAGAAAGGGCACAGUAAUUGCUGAAUUAAAAAAUGUCAGAAUUACGUUCCUUGGGCAAGGCAAUUCCACAGGAUUUAAUGACAUUUCCUAUGAAAAUACUUGGGAGGAGAUUGAUCAGCUUGCAAAAGAAGUAGACCGUCGUUCUACACCAAAAUCAUUAGUAUUUGCUGAUAACAUUGGGAUUGCUAAAGGUCUGCAAAAGCACCUGCAUAAGCAGUCCUUUUAUGUUCCUUACCAGGAUCCAGAGACUUUGAUGGAUAGAGAAGUCACACAGAUUUUGCAACAGUACUAUGUGACUGAUUUGAACAGCUUUGAUGAAGUGUUGUUCUUGUGGGGCAUGAAAAACAUAACUAACCAGAACAGUAAAGCAGUAGUGGACCAUGUCAGCAGCUGCUGUGAGGUCUAUCGGCAAAUACUUCUACUGGUCCAAGGGAAAAAAUCCUCAAAGUCUGUUAGAACCAUCACCUACAGGACAUCUGAAAAUGCAGUGGAUCAAAUCACUGCAGGUUUUGCCUUAUGGGGAAUGACCAGAACAUGCCUUGUAGAACUUCAAGAGAUUUCUUUUCAGCUGAUAGACAUUGGCUCUGCUAAUGAGGCAGAUAUUGCCGUUCUAGCUGAUGUAAUCAGCCUGCCUCAUAAUUACCCUGAAGUAAUGAUUCGACUAGGUAAGGUACAUGUUUCAUGUGUCAAACGAGCAGCUACUAUAAAUUCCAACAAUAUUUUCAGCUUUGUACCGUAUUCUGGUUAUGAAAACGUAGCUUUCCACACAAUGAAUCCUUACAAAAUUGUAGAUCUUCAUGCAAAGCCACAAAAAUGGAAAGUGACAGAGCCUGUAAAACAAACAGUUUAUGUCAAAAUUGAUGCAAUGUGCAUUCAUUCUUCAGAUUAUUUCCCAGUCAGUGUCUCUGCUGUGAACUUUGGACAGACAUUGUACUGGAACACAACUGUAACUAAAGGACAUGAGCUAAUUGCUCUGGACUUCAGUGGUACAGUCACAGCAGUCAGCAAAGAUGUGAAGUCCUGCAAAGUAGGAGAUCAUGUUGUUACGUGCUACCCCGUUGCUACAUUUUCAACAGUGAGUCUUCCUGCAUCCGUUUGUUUCCGAAGCAGCAACAUUCCAUUUCUGAAGCAGACACCCUGUGUCUCAUACUUCAUAAUUGCCUGGGAAAUACUCCAUAACAUUUUACCUUCUGCUAAGCAUCCCAAGUGCUUGUCAAUUCUCUCCUCCAGCCCAGAAUCUUGUCUCAGUAAAGUGCUGUCUCUGACAGCUGAGUCACUGGGCUGGAAAGUACAGGUUCAAACAGAACCUAGUGACUUUUCACAAACAUAUCCUCAUUCCGAUGCAUUGCUUUUCCUGCCACCUGUUAAAGCAGCUCUAGUCACAAGGGUUGUUAACAACUCUUCUGCUGGCUAUGUUGUUGUUCUCAUUGACAACAACCAAGCAUUUGAAACUUGUGAGAACAUUCUUGGUUAUGAAAAGGAAAAUGUCCAAAUUCAUUUCUUGAAGGUAGCUAACAUACUGAAAAAGUGUUAUCUGAAAAAAUCUGCUGAUGAUGUUUAUAAGUGGAUGAGAUCGUUGCGGUUACAGAGGAAAUGGCUUGAUUUUCCAAGGAUUAGUUUUCACUCAGUGACCUGUGCUGUAGGUGAACGUGGGGAAGACUCCUACUUCACCUGCAAAGCUGUCUCAGUUGUGGAUCUGAAUACAAAUGAUAAGAUUUCAGAGAUACCUGUGUACCACAGUCACAAACAACUUUUUCAUAGAGAUGCAGCAUAUAUCGUGACAGGGGGACUUUCAGGACUUGGCUUUGAGACAGUAAAUUUUAUUGCCAAACAUGGGGGAGGAUAUGUCAUUAUUUUGUCACGAAGCGAUCCAACUGCUGAGAAGCAAGAAGAAUUUAAUAAACUCAGGGAACAGUUUGGAACAAUUGUAACUAGCAGUGCAUGUGAUAUCUCAAACUUGUCAAAUGUUGAGUUAGCUAUCAGUCAUUUUCGUCAUUCCUUCCCAAAGAUCCCAAUUAAAGGAGUGUUUCACAGUGCUGUUGUAUUACAUGAUGCCCUCAUGCCAGCUCUAAAUAAAUCAUUGUUCGCUAAAGUUUUGGAUCCAAAGAUUGCAGGAGUUCUGAAUCUCCACAGUACAACAAAAUCCUUCCCACUGGAUUACUUUGUCUGCUACUCAUCAGUUGCAUCAUUCAUUGGGAAUUCUGCCCAGGCAAACUAUUCUGCAGCUAACUCUUUUCUUGACAUUUUUGUGCAUUACAGGAGAAAUCAGGGACUGGUAGGGCAGGCUAUCAACUGGGGUGCACUGAACCUUGGCCUAUUACUCAAUAAGGAUAGCAUCCAAAGAUUUCUGGAAUCAAAGGGGAUAAUGAUUUUGGAAAUUUCAGAAAUAAACCAGUGCCUUGAACAGUCCCUCGUACAAAACAAUCCACAGCUUGCUCUCUGUAAAUUUAAUUUCUCCAGUUUGUAUACUAAUGUUGUUUCUCAGAAUCCAGCAGUCAAAGCACGAUUUUAUACCCUUAUGAAGGAUGAAAUCAGUAAAUCACAAAUCAAUCCAAUGGCAGAAUUACCCAAUAAUUCACAAAAGACUCUCGAGGAGUAUGUUAUUGAAUUGUUGAGUGAAGUCAGCAAUGCUGAUCCUGCAGAGUUCACUAAAGAAACUUACCUUUCCCGCUUUGGUCUUGAUUCCAUGCUGAGUAUGACAGUGCAAAAUCGUAUUUAUGAGGAAAAAAAUAUUAAUUUGCCAUUAGUGACAUUUCUUGAUCCAAAAACAACAGUAGGUACUGUCGUGACUCUGCUUGAAAAGCACAGUUUUGGCUAGACUCAGUGUGUAGAAACAAAUCUGAUAUGCAUAAGCCUUGAAGUGUUAAGCCCGAUGAAAUCACCAUGUAUUAAGACAAUUAUAAAUGUUUACACUGACGACUGUAAUGAUAAAUUUCUACUUGAGCCUAAAAUAGUAUGCAUUUUUGGCAUUACCACUGAUUAUGUUUUCUAUGAUGCCCAGAUAAACUUUAAGUGUUUCUAAUGUUACAACAGUUUUGUGAUUCUGUAAAUUUUAAGUUUAUGUUUAAGUUUAUUAAUGGCAAGUCUCUCAGAAUAUAAUAGUAAUGGUAAGAGUCUGACAGUGUGGAGGAUCUGAGAGAUCUUGAGGUCCAUGUCCAUAGGACACUCAAAGCUGCUGCGCAGGUUGAUCAUGUUGUUAAGAAGGCAUAUGAUGUGUUGGCCUUCAUCAAUCGUGAGAUUGAGUUCAAAAGCUGUGAGGUAAUGUUACAGCUAUAUAACACCUUGGCCAGACCUCAGUCAGAGUACUGUGUUAAUUUCUGGUCAUCUCACUACAGGAAGGAGGUGGAUACUAUAGAGUGAGUGCAGAGGAAAUUUACAAAGAUGUUGCCUGGAUUGGAGGGUAAAUUUAUGAGAAUAGGUUGAAUGAACUUGGCCUUUUCUCUUUGGAGUGACAGAGGAUGAGAGGUGACCUGACAGAGGUGUAUAAGAAGCUGAGGGGCAUUGAUCGUCUUGAUAGCCAGAGGCUUUUUCCCACGGCUGAAAUGGCCAACAUGAAGAACAUAGUUUUAAGUUACUUGGAAACAGGUACCGAGGGGAUGUCAGGAGUAAGUUUUUCACACAGAGAGUGGUGGAUGAGUGGAAUGCACUGCCAGUGACAGUGGUGGAAGUGGAUACAAUAGGGUCUUUUAAGAGCCUCUUAGAUAGGUACAUGGAGCUUAGAAAAAUAGAGGAAAUUUUUUUCUUCUAGGGAAAUUCUAGGCAGUUUCUAAAGUAGGUCGCAUGGUUGGCACAACAGUGUAGGCAUAAGGGCCUGCAAUGUGCUGUAGAAUUCUAUGUUCUAUUUAAUAGUGGAAAAUAAUAAAUAUGUUGUUCUUGAUUAACUUUAAACAUUGUCAAUUCUUGUGGCAUCCAUUUUACGAAAUGAAUUGCACUUUAAGAACCAAGUAAGCUAUUCUGAAUAUUAGCUAUUGAAAUGGUACAUCAAGAGUGUUAAUUCUCUGAGCCAUUGAGCAUGAGUGGGUGGGGCAGCAUCUCUCCACCAAAGAAGUCUGACCAAAAGAGAGGCAAAAGACACUGCACGACGUUUAAUUGGACGUUUAAUUGGACGCCUCCCGAGGUGCCGGAAAGAGCAAUCAGAGGACUAAGUUCCAAAUAGUAAUUAAGUAUAUGGGAUAAAGUUAGAAAGACAUCUCUCCAGUAUUUCUCCAAGCCAGGGAAAAUCCAAUUCAUAUGAAUAAGGGAAGCCUCGCCCCCUUUACACUUGUCGCAACAGGGGCUAAUGUCUGGACAGUUACUCGAUAAUUUAGGUUUAGACAUAUGAGCCCUGUGUAUGGCCUUAAACUGUAACAAGCAAUGCUGAGUACAAUGGCUCAGAGAUAUUAUGUUCAGAUCUUGAAAAGAUUCAUUAUUCACUCCUUAAUUCAGACAUAAAGUUCCAAAGGCUGUGGGGACCUUUUCUUAAAUAUUUUCAUAAUUCCAGCUUAGAUUAAAGGUCCAUCCCUUCUUUUUCUCCUUUGCAUAUAAAUCCCGUACUUCCAGCUUCUUUCAGUUAAGAUUUACAGCUUUUGAUGUGUAAACAUAUUAUAGUCCAGGUAGUAGGUAAUAUACCUUCUUUUUAUAAAUACAGCUCUGUGGAGAUAAAAGUUCUGUUUAACUUUUCUAUAUAUUGUAAGGUUGGCUUGGAGUCAGGCUAUGGGGGGGUGGGGUAGUAACUAACUAUAUAUGAUUCUACCAUGGAUGCUUUUAUUUUUAACCAUUUUGAACUGCAUUUGAUACCUUUGUUUUGCACUGUACAAACUUCUUCUUUAUUGGGUUCUUUUUUCAUUGUAAUGUUAUGCCUGCAGCCCCCUCCUUUGUGAGAAUCGCAAGAUCACUAUUGAGUUGAGUCAGGAGACCCAGGAAAUGAGAGAGAGAUGUGCGGAAUGUCUCGUUCCCCCGGCAAUAUAAAGCUACAGGACAUGGCAAUUGUCUCUGGAAGACGAACUUGUGGAUUGAAAAUACUGUGCUACGUGGAAGCCCUCAGGCAAAGUGGACUGGUUGAGGGAGGGAUUGCAUCACCCCCAACCUGAUUGACAUCUGCGACCCUGUGAGUCAGGAUAAAAGAGGGUCUGUGGAAACAGCCCCUCAGACGCACCAGAAGAAACGCUAGCAAUCCCGUAAUAGCGGGAGCCAUUGGAAGGAGGCCACAUGCGUUCAGUUCCGUUGCCUGGGACUGGUGGCUUGUACCACGGAAAACGGCUUUUAGCUAACAAUGGGUAAACCAACUCCCCCCGACUCAAAGGAAUGGCAUCAUAAAAGACCUGGGCAAGUUUAACCCGUCUCUCUCUUAAACCCAAAACGCUGCAGCUUGAAUGAACUUGAGUGACUUUUAUAUUUCCAUCGGACAAUACAUUAUCCCCUAGACAACGAUAGAGCUAUUUCUUAUUGGUUAUUAUUAUACCCGCGCUUUUAGAUUUAGUAUUGAUGAUGUAUAUUAUCUGUAUGUUUGCAUUAAUCUUACUUUUG